AUGCGGGGCGCGUUCCUCGAGAUCCCCGGCGGCGUCGCGGGCGACGACGGCGAGGACGCGCCCAGGGGCGACCUCUCCCGGAUCAAGAGGUGGAUUGCGGAGCGCCCGCCGGACGACUGGCCUCCCAUGCCGCCGCAGGCUCCCCCGAUGCAGAUGCCGCCGCAGGUCCCCCCCACGCGACGUAAGCAGGGGAGGAGGAGAGGGAGGGAGGAAGGGGGCGGCGGCGGCGGCGGUGGCGGUGGCGGCAACGGUAACGGAGGGGACUCCUCGGGCGGGGAGGGAACGAGCGCGGCGCCCAAGAGGGAGUGGUGGGGAGGCGCCACCCUGGGGGAGGAGCUCCCGACGCCGCGGGAGAUGUGCCGGAGACUCGAUGAGUUCGUCAUUGGGCAGGGCAAGGCUAAAAAGGUUCUAUCAGUGGCCGUAUACAACCACUACAAGAGAGUAUAUAACGCAACUGUACAGAAAGGAUCUGCGGACAAUUCUGGGUGUCCAGACGCUGCAAAUGAUGAUCACGAUAAUGUAGAGAUAGAUAAAAGCAAUGUACUUCUGAUGGGUCCAACUGGCUCAGGAAAAACAUUGCUUGCAAAAACAUUAGCACGCAUUGUAAAUGUACCAUUCGUUAUAGCUGAUGCGACAUCAUUAACACAGGCUGGAUAUGUAGGUGAAGAUGUAGAGUCGAUACUGCAGAAGUUACUGGUGGAGGCCGAAUAUAAUGUUCAAGCUGCCCAGCAAGGGAUAGUGUACAUAGAUGAAGUAGAUAAAAUAACAAAGAAGGCAGAGAGUGCAAAUGUUAGUAGAGAUGUAUCUGGUGAAGGUGUUCAACAGGCUUUGUUAAAAAUCCUAGAAGGAACUGUUGUCACCAUUCCUGAAAAGGGAUCUCGCAAAAAUUCUCGCAAUGAUAGUAUACAGAUAGACACCAAAGACAUUCUUUUCAUAUGUGGUGGUGCUUUUGUAGAUUUGGAGAAGACUAUUUCUGAAAGACGACAAGAUUCAUCUAUAGGAUUUGGGGCACCCAUUCGUACAAACAUGAGAAGUUCAGGAGUGACCAGUCCAACGGUCACGUCAUCUUUGUUAGAAUCUGUUGAGAGUGGAGAUCUUGCAAAGUUUGGGCUAAUACCAGAGUUCAUUGGACGCUUGCCCAUUCUAGUUAGUUUGGCAGCUCUCGAUGAAGAUCAGCUUGUCCAGGUUCUUACAGAACCAAAGAAUUCACUUUCGAGACAAUACAGGAAAAUGUUUAGCCUGAACAAUGUGAGUCCACUAAAACUUGGAAGUGAUUAUAGACUUGCUUCUUUGCGCUAA